GUUGAAAACGAAAGCAAAAGUAAUGAGACGCCAAGACGUUAAGCUGUUUACAAUGAAAACGAAGCGUACUUUGUGGUAACUGUUCAGUCUUCAGAACCCAGUGUAUACUUCAGAUCAGUAACAGAUCCAUGGAGCUACCCACCAACGAUGAAGUAGUGACUUCUGAUGCUCAAAGGGGAAAGAUAUGUUGGCCAUCCUCUACACCCCACAAUCAGAACAACACAAAGGAAAAACAUAAAGAAAUCCUGCAAACACACACACUGGAAAAUGGAGACAUGCAGAGAGUUAAACACAUGCACCUAACCAGCAUGAGAAAAAAGUAUGAGAAAUUGUUUAAACUGCCAGAGAAUUAAACCCUCCUGAACAGGGUCUACACCAAACUCAACAUCACAGAGAGUGAAGGAGUGAAUGAAGAGCAUGAGGUUUUACAGAUGGAGAAAACAGCCAGAACACAAUAUUCGCAAGACACUCCAAUAUACUGCCAAGACAUCUUUAAGGCCUCACCUGAAUCAGAAUCUGAAGAGAAAAAACAUAUCAAGACGGUUCUUACUAAAGGCAUCGCAGGAAUUGGAAAAACCAUUGCUGUGCAUAAAUUCAUUCUGGAUUGGGCUGAGGGAAAAUCUAACCAGGAUGUAGAUUUCAUGUUUGUGUUUACAUUUCGAGAGCUUAACUUGAUUCGAAACCAUCAGUACAGUUUUCACAGACUUCUGCUGGACUUUCAUCCAGAUCUUCAUGAUCUGGACUCCAGGAUUUAUGAAGAGUGUAAACUUGUGUUCAUCUUUGAUGGUCUGGAUGAAAGCAGAAUUACACUGAGAUUUACAGACAUUGAGAAGGCUUCUGAUGUGACUGAGACUUCAUCAGUGGAUGUGUUGAUGUCAAAUCUAAUAAAAGGAGAUUUGCUUCCUUCUUCUCUCAUCUGGAUCACCUCCAGACCAGCAGCAGCCAGUCAGAUCCCAUCCAUAUACAUCAACCGCCUGACAGAAAUGCAGGGAUUCAAUGAGCCUCAGAAGGAGGAAUAUUUCAGGAAGAGAAUCAGCAAUGAGCAACAGGCCAACAGAAUCAUCUGGCACAUCAGAAGAGCAAGAAGCCUCCAUAUCAUGUGCCACAUACCUGUAUUCUGCUGGAUCUCAUCAACUGUGCUUCAGAAGCUCCUGAAAGAUGAUCUGAGUACAGAAAUCCCUCAAACUCUUACUGAAAUGUACAUCCACUUCCUGUUGAUUCAGAUCAAUAUCAAAAACCAGAAGUAUGAGGGGAGGGAUCCAGAGAAACUCCUGCAGUCUAACAGAGAAGUGAUUGUCAAACUUGCUGAAGUGGCUUUCAAACAGUUGAUGAAGGGCAAUAUAAUGUUUUAUGAGCAGGACCUGAUUGAGAGCAGCAUAGAUAUCACUGAUGUCUCGUUGUAUUCCGCGAUUUUUAAGGAUGAAUCUGUGAUUCAUCAGAAGAAAGUGUACAGCUUCAUUCAUCUGAGUGUCCAGGAGUUUCUUGCUGCUUUCUAUUUGUUUUACUUUCAUGUAAAUACAUCUAUGGAGGGAUUGAAGUGUUUUGCUUCAAUACAAAGUUUGCUUAAAGUUGCAGUUGAUGAAGCCCUUGAGAGAGUAAAUGGACAGCUGGAUCUGUUCCUGCGCUUCCUGCUGGGCAUCUCAAUGGAGUCUAAUCAGAAACUCUUGCAGGAUCUACUGACACACAGAGAGGAAAGUGCAGAAAGCAUCGGGAGGACCACACAGUACAUUAAAGUGAGGCUCAAAGAUGGACUUGAACUCUCCACUGAAAGAUCCAUCAACCUGUUCCUCUGUCUACUGGAAGUGAAAGACCAAACUUUGUCCAGAGAGAUUCAAGAAUUUGUUAAAUCAGACAAACACUCAGAGAAGAAACUCUCUCCUGCUCACUGCUCAGUAGUUGCCUACAUGCUUCAGAUGUCAGAUGAGGUGCUGGAUGAGCUGGACCUUAAGAGAUACAACACGUCAGCUGAGGGGAGAAGAAGACUACUACCAGCUGUGAGCAACUGCACAAAAGCUAUUCUCUCUGGCUGUAGUCUCUCAGAUCAGUCCUGUGAAAUUGUGGCAUCAGCUCUAAAUUCCUCAAACUGUGUCUUGAGAGAGCUGGACCUGAGUAACAAUGACCUGCAGGAUUCAGGAGUCAAGCUUCUUUCUGAUGGACUGAAGAGUCCAAACUGUCAAAUAGAGAUACUCAGGUUGUCUGGCUGUAUGGUAACAGAAGAUGGCAGUGGUCAUGUGUCUUCAGCUCUCAGUUUAAACCCGUCACACCUCAGAGAGCUGGAUCUGAGCUACAAUCAUCCAGGACAAUCUGGAGUGCAACUCCUCAGCGACAAACUGUUUGAUCCAAACUACCGACUGCAGACACUAAAAUUGGACCAUGGAGGACAUUUAAGAAUAACACCAGGACUAAGGAAAUAUGCCUAUGAUCUCACGCUGGAUCCAAACACGGCACAUGCUCGUCUCAUUCUCUCUGAGGACAACAGGAAAGUGACAUGUGUCGAAGCCAAGCAGCCGUAUCCAGAUCAUCCAGAGAGAUUUGAGAGCAAUGUGCAAGUUCUGUGUAGAGAGAGUCUGACUGAACGCUGUUACUGGGAGGCUGAAUGGAGCGGAUGGGGUCAUGUUGGAGUGACAUAUAAAGGAAUCAACAGAAAAGGUGGAAGUGACUCUUGGUUUGGAUACACUGAGCACUCCUGGAGUGUUUUCUGCAUUGGAGAUGGAUUCAACGUCUGGCACAAUAAUAAGAGCAUAUACAUUUCUUCUCCUUCACCUUCUAAAAGGGUAGGAGUAUAUUUGGACUGGUCGGCUGGCAUUCUGUCCUUCUACAGUGUCUCUGACAUAUAUACACUCACACAUUUACACACAUUCAAAACCACAUUUACAGAACCACUCUAUGCUGGAUUUAAGGUUUAUGAUUCCUCAGUGUCAUUGUGUCAGAUUAAACACUGUGAGAAACAACGGAGACAUGAAUUGUUUUGUUCAUCUUAAAUUUUAAUGUUACUGUUUAUUUUCUAUUUAUGUGCAUGAAUUUACAGUAUUAUGAAUCCAUAAAUAAAUGAAUAAAUAAAAUUAA